UUUCUCCACCCGCGGACUAACCAGGCCCCUCGCAGACCCCGCAGCACGGUGGCCCCCCUGAGCCGCAGACCACGGCAGGUGUGGACGGUGGUGGUCCACCAGCAGAACGGUAACCACAACCCCCCCCCCCCCCCUCCUCCCCUUACUGGAUGCUGGAUGUACGGACUGCUCCGCUGGGGGUAAACACACCAAAAAAAGCCCUGGACGUGAUGCGACACACACUUGCACUGCAACUUUGUGCGUUUUUUUUUGUUGUUGUUUUUUUGUGCGCGUGUGUGGCUUUUCUGAAGGGAGCUUAAAGGCGGAUAAUCAGAGGUGAGGCUCGGUGGUAGUGUCGUCUGGGGGAGGGUGACGCGCACUUCGCAGCGAGCUCCUGCGCUGUCAGACGAGGAAGUGAGGCUUCACACACGCCCCAUUUCAGCCUGUCGACCCCGCUACUGCUGCUGCUGCUGCAAGAAAUAAUAAUAAAAACAGCUCCCAGACCCGCUCAUCAGACAGCAGCCAGGGACUUUAUAAGCAUGCGUUCACUUUCGGAUGGACGACACCGGGAAUAACCUGCAGGACGACGCCGAUUUCACGCACGGGGGGAGAGGGUUAAAGUGUUGGACAGGAUGGACCGGGAGCUGGUUCGUCAGAGCCAAUCAGAACGCGCCGAGCCCACCAAUGGAACCAGCACCGUGGCGCCGGACUCCUCCGCCCAAACAACCCCCAGCCCUCCUCGGCUCACCCCCAACCCCAUGCUCCUGGACUCCCCCACACCCACGCUGACGCCCACCACCUCCUCCCCUCCUCCCCCUCUCACCCCGGCGCCCUCUGUCUCCGCAGCCCACGUCCCCAAAGCGGCGGCGGCGGCGUUGGCUCCAUCUCCCCACAUCCUCGUCCCGGCUCCACCUAAGCUCACCACCACUGCAACCCCCGCCCUCCGCACGUACUCCCGCCCGAUCCUCCCCUCCCCGCCGGGCGCCCCCAAAACAUCUGCCCCCAAACCAACCCCUUCCUCCUCUUCCUCUCCGGUAGCGUCCAGCACCACCUCGCCCCUCCUCCAUCCUUCUUCUUCUUCUUCUGCAACGCACAGCAGCAGCAGCAGCACCGCCGGCGUGUCAACCAAGACCUCCGCCGGCCUGACCAAUGGGAACACAAGGCCCGUAUCGACGACGACUUCCACACCAAUCACGCCCUUUCACACGCCAGCGAGUCCACCUGGCAGACAGGUAUCACAGGCUCAUCCUGUGGGCACACCUGGUCAUGUGCGGGCCAAUCAGAGCCCAUCUCCUGUGAGGCAGAGGAUAUCCCAGCAGACAUUGCUCCUGGGGAAAGGUCUCAAAGGGUCUGGUCAAGACCAGGUGCUGCUUAGAGCUCAGAUGCUGAUUCUUACAUCUGCCAUGCGACCUUCCCUGUCCUCUUCCUCCUCCUCUUCCUCCUCUCCUUCUUCUAACCCUGCCUCCGCUAAGCUCCAGAGUCUCACCCUGAGGCCUCCUCCCCCCGGGGCCCUCACCAUCCCUCCCUCCCUUCGCCUCAAGCCGCCUUGCUCAGCCCCGCCUCCCCUCUCUCGCCCUCACGCCCCCCUCUUCCCCCCCCUCAGGCCGCGACCGCAGCCCUGCGCCACGGCAACGGAGUGCCCGAAAGCGCCCGGACGCCACCUCUCCGUCCUGCCUCCAACUCUUUACUCUCCGGUCCGAGCCGUCCCACUGAGACCCAGACUCCAUUCUCCGAACGGUCACAGGGCGGCGGCGCCGCGCCAAACCUCGCCCCUGCAGCCGAUCGCCGCCGCCCCCCCGCCCCCUGUCGGCAAGCCGCCGGCCGGACCGAAGGGCUGCCCGUUACCUCAGACGAUGCUCGGCGGCCAAUCGCAGCGCGGCCCGCUGUCCGUCGCCAACCCCAUGUCGGCCUCGUCCCACUUCGAGCGCUCACCGUCCGCGGCGAGGCAGCUGCAGAUCAUCGCCCUCUCUUCGGGUCGCCAAUCCUGCACGUACGGCCACGCCGUGCAGUCGGCGCCCGCCGUCGCUGAGCCGCCCGAGCUGUCCGGCCAAUCAAAGAGGUCACUGAGCGGCGGCGUGCUUCCUCUUCUUCUCCCUCUUCCUCUCAAUCCGUCGUUGCCAAAAAACACCUCGCCUCCGUCCCUCCUGAGUCCGGCGUCCCCUCCGAGUCAGCCCGGCCCUCAAACGCAAACCGUGACCCGGAAAGGAGAGCCGAAGGACGGCGAGGAGCAGCGAGAGAGGCCGCGAGGGGGGAGACAGGGAGGCAGAGGGGAGGCGAGUGUUGGUAAAGACCUGAGGGGGGAGAGAGACGACCAUAGGGAGAAAGCGAGGGAGGAGAAACCGCAGGAAGGAAGCCUCAUCGGUCGGAGGGAACAGGAAGUUGAAACGGCCAGAGAGGAAGAGGAAAUGGAGGUGACGGAGGAAGGCCGGAGUGGCGUAGAGAGAGGCGAAGAGAAAAAGAUGGCGGAGGAGGAGAAAGGAGAGACCGCCAUGGACCAGUCUGAGAACCGGACCGGUCAGGUUCUCCAUCAGUGCCAGAAAAUGGAUUUUAUCCCGACAUCCGACGCUGUUAAAGAGUCCAGCGUGGAACCGAAACACGUCCUGGGUCUCAUUCCGGUUCCGGCCCACACAGUCCCAGUAACAGCCCCAGUCACAGUCCCAGUAACAGUCCCAGUAAGAGCCCCAGUCACAGUCCCAGUAACAGUCCCAGUAGCAUUAACAGUCCCAGUAACAGCUCCAGUAACAGUCCCGGUAACAGUCCCAGUAACAGCUCCAGUAAAAGUCCCAGUAACAGUAACAGUCCCAGUGACAGUCCCAGUAAAAGCUCCAGUCCCGGAGGUCUCUCUCCAAAGUCAGAGGCUACCAGAGUCUCACCGGGACCUGCAGCCGGUCCCCCAGGAGGACUUCUGUGAGAACAUGUCAACGCAGUCCGACAACCAGUCAGCGCUGUCCAGCCUCUCCUCCCAGUCGCCCCCCUCCUCGCCCUUCCUCACACCCCCAACAGAAAACCCUCCCCCCCUCCUCCCCGCUCAGACCGCCCUCAGCCUCCCGGAGAAAGCCGACAAAGCGGUCGGCGAGUCGCGGCGCCCGGCCGAAGCGGAGGCGGGACCUCUCGGCCAGUCGGGAGACGAGUCCGAGAGCUUCGACCAAUCGGCUGGCGGCCCCUGGGAGCUGAGGGCGUGGCCUGAGGGGCGGCAGGUUCUGACUCACCUGGUGGAGGGAUUCGUCAUCCAGGAGGGGCUGCAACCGUUUCCUGUGAACCGCUCGUCCCUGCUGGUUCAAAAGAAGGUGACCAAACCGGAGGAAGUGAACGGGACCAAUGGGAGCGCGGCGUUGCCGGAUGCAUUACCGGAUGCGUUACCGGACGCGUUACCGGACGCGUUGCCGGAGGCUUUGCCGGAAGCAUUGCCAGACGCGUUGCCAGACGCCACAAAACAAGCGGUGCGCUCCAGUGAGUCGGAGGCCGAGGGAGCCGGGGACACAGACAACCACGCCAACAGGUCGACGCACAGGGACAGGACGGUGCUGCACUGUCAGUUCUGCGGGAAGCGAGGCCACGCCCACAACUUCAUGCGGUCCAAGCGCUUCUGCUCCACUUCCUGUGCGCGCGGGUUCAACGUUCGUCUGACGAAGCGUCUGCGGGCGCUGAGCGCGAGUAGUCGGUCCGAGAGGCCACGCCCAGUCCUGAACAGGGCGGAGUCUGUUCCUGGGAAGCCUCUUCUCCUGCGACUGUCUCGUGAUGUCUGGAGCGCCGGUCGGCGUGAGAAGGAGGUGAAGGAGAAGGCGGCGGCAGACGACGAGGAGGAGGAGGAGGAGGAGGAGGAGGAUGAAGACAUGGAGGAGGACACGGAGGGAGGAGGAGGGGAGGAGGACGAGGAAGAAGAGGAGGAAGACGAUGAGGAGGAGGAUCCUGCUGUUGCGAUGACAGCCCGGAUGGAGCGCCGGGCGGCGCGGAGGGCGGCGAGGAGGUCAUCCGCACCCGCACUGACCACCUCCACGCCCACGAGCACGUUCAAACCCGGCCCCUCCCACUGGAGCGUGGAGGACGUGACCGCCUUCAUUCACACACUGCCAGGCUGCAGCGACGUGGCCGAAGCUUUCCGGCUGCAGGAGAUCGACGGGCAAGCUCUGCUGCUGCUGACCGAGGACCACCUGAUGACCAGCAUGAGCAUCAAACUGGGACCGGCUCUCAAGAUCUGCGCUCACAUCAAUACACUGAAAAACCAGUGAGAGAGAGAAAGAGAGAGAGAAACAGACUGAUACAGAGAACAAAGAAAAAAGAGACUGACAGGGGCAAGAAGAGAAGAGUUUUUAAGAAAAACUGAGAAAAAAAAACAAAAGCUGACACCAAGAAUGACAGAACAAAGUCACAAAAAGAGAUUCACGGUAAUUUAUGAGAUUAUAAAUGGAGGUGUGGCCUUAGGAGACGGGAACCGAAGCGUGAAGUCCAGAAGAAAUUUCAUCUGUUUUGGGGCGCUCUGACUGUAGCAGGAAACCAGAUGGGGGGGGGAGGGGGAUUUUUUUAACUUUCUGUACAUUUUUCAUGCCGCUGGAGAGUGUAAAUUUGAAGCUAUUUCAUUAAGGAUUUUAAACAUUUAAUAUAUAAAAGAAUUUGUCUAUUUAGUUUUUUUAGAACGUGACGUCAACUACAAAUCUAUCCAGUAGCUAACAUAACCGGUGUGUGUAUACAAAAUAAAAAUAAUAUUAAUAAUAAUAAUAAUAAUAAUAAUACGUAGACUUUGUAAGUGAUUCAUGAAAGUUUAAUGUUUUAUAUCACUAUAUUCUGGACAACAUGUCUGUGAAAAAAAAGAAAAAAGAAGGUCACUAUCAGGGUAGACUGGUGUCUUUAAUCGUCACAUUUUUAUGGUAUCAUGCUUGAAAUUAUUUAAUAAAAGGAAUAAUUAA